AUGCUUAAAUUUAUCUUUUUUAAUAUUUUUUAUAUCCUUUUUUAUUAUAAAGGAAUACUAACAAAUAAUUUUAAAAUUAGAAAUAAUGACAAUUUUUUACAGAUUUUUGAGAAAAAUAACAACUAUAAUGUUGAGAUAUUAGAACCUGAAUGUAUAUCAGAAAACAAAUUAGAAAUCAAUCAAGUGAAUGAAAUUGUUCCCUUUAAUAGAAAAGAAUUUUUAAUGCAUGAUUAUAAUAUUAUAAGAAAUUCUAAAUUUUUUAAUGGAGGUACUUUAGAACUUUAUAAUUCGAAAGAAAAAAAAGGUAAGAGUUAUGUAGUUUUAACAUUUUAUAUAGGAGAUUUAAAAUUUCCACAAAGUGAUAAUUUGUUUCCCUAUGAAGUAAAUUUAGUUUUGAAUGUAGUUCCAUCUAAUAAAAAUAAUACUUGCAGGAAUAAUAUCUAUAUUGUUAGUUUAUUAAAAACAAUUGAAGUGAAUAACCCAUCUGAAUUUGAAAUUUUAGAAGGUCCUAUAAAGAUUACAACUAGUAGAACAUCAGGAAUUUUUAGAAUUAAUGUAACUAACUUUUUCGAGGGUGAAAAAUGGAAAGUUUUUUCAAAAAAUAAAAUUUCUUUUUUUAUUAAACCAGAAGAUUAUUGUUACACAGAAAUAGAGAGUAAAUUAAAUAAGCCAGCGUUAAUAAUUGAAAAAAAAAACGUUUUUUACACAGAUUGGGGUGAAUGGUCACAAUGUUCAAUGCCUUGUGAUCAUAUUGAUAAUAUUCAAAUAAGAGAAAGGAAUUGUAUUAAAGAAACUAGUGAUUGCUUCAAAGGUGAUUUAAAAGAAUCAAGACAUUGUUUAGCUAAUUUACCAAGUUGUAAUGAAUCGUUAAGUGUAGAUAGUUUUUCAAGUUUAAAGAUUAUUUUAAUUGUUCUGCCUUUAGUCCUCGUUAUUUCUAUAAUAAUAAUAUUGUAUCAUAUAUUUUAUAGAAAAAAAGGAGCAGAAAAAGAAUUAUUUGAAAAUGUAGCUGGAAGAUUUAUGUAUGAUUAA